AUGCCUACAUCACCUUCAAACAGGCGAAGCCUGCUCCCCACCUCUCUCCUCCUCUUACUCCCUUUCCUCUUGUUUCUCUCCGCACCAACGCCCUCCGCAGCACAAGUGACCGUCUACGGCCAGAUCCCGCUUGCGCAAACGAUCUCCAUAGACCCGUCCGCCACAGACGCCCCAGUUGAUGUCCAACCUGUGCCCACGCUCGCUGCAUAUGACGAGACACUACUUACCCCGCCGCCAAUUCCUAACCCUCCUCCGGCGACGGCAUAUACACUGGAGCUCCAGCGGGAGGCGGCAAAUGUGAAUGGCCUGAGCAUUCCUCACGUUGGAGGCGGGUUCUUUGGGUACUCGGUGGAGAUGUCAGUUAUUAAUCAAGUCAUGGGCAAGAACUCGUCUUUUAUCCAAGUGCCUUUCCUCAACUUGAUGGCGAACAUUGAGGAGCGUGCUGGGUCGGUUCUGAUUCGUCUCGGAGGAAACACGCAAGAAUAUGCCACCAUGGUUGACGAAUUGCCAAACGGCAAUGCCCUCGCCAAGGAAGACUCCGGGACAAAAGCGACUACGGAAACUCCAGCUGUGCUGUAUACGAAGGACUUGUUCUACAUCGCUGGGAAUAUCUCGACAAUGGUUAACGUCAAGUGGUUCGUUGGUAUUCCUUUCAACGAUUCAGCGAACUGGCGUCUGGCUAUCGCGGAGAACGCUCAGGAGGUCCUUGGUGACAAUUUGCUCGCGAUGCAGGCAGGAAACGAACCUGACCUCUACGCCCGCCAUGAGAAGAGACCCUCAGACUACACUUUCUACGACUACUUCGGUGAAGUUGGAGACCUCAUCCAGCAUAUCGACGCCAACGACAGGAUCCCGGUCAAGAAUAACCUUUUGGCGCCGAGCUUGGCCACGGGCGACUGGAACCCUGAAGAUAUCUGGAACAUAGGUUUCCUCGAGGCUUACAUUGACAGACUAUGGGCCAUCACUAUGGAACACUACCCAACAAACAAUUGCUUCGCCCAAUUUGGCGUCGGUUCCCCCCAAGACCCCCAAACUAACUUCCCGAGCUACCUGACGCACAACGCCGGCAUCGAACUCAUACGUAUUUACCUCAACACGUCGCGCAUCGCCGCUGAAGCCGGCAAGCCGUUUAUCAUGUUCGAGACGAACACCGCGUCUUGUGGUGGGUUCCCGGGGAUCAGCGACUCCUAUGGCGCCGCGCUUUGGGCAUUAGACUAUGGUAUGCAGAUGGCGUACAGUAAUUUCACCUACGCAAUGUUGCAUGUCGGAGGCCAAAAUGUUUAUUACAAUCCCUUCACUGCUCCUCCCACUAACCAAACCGCUUUCAACCAAUGGACUGUCGGCGCCGUCUACUACUCGACACUUAUCAUGGCCGAGCUCUUUGGCAAAUCCAACACCUCGCGCAUUGUCGACCUCUGGGGCAACGCCGGCAACGUCUACACACCGUCAUACGCAGUCUACGAGAACGACGUUCUCUCUAAGGUUGCUCUGUUCAACUACGUGGAUGACCCAACAGGAGGCAGUGACUUGACUGUCGGGAUAAGCGUUCCUGGAGCCGGAGUUCCGAAUACCAUUAGGGUUAAGUACUUGGAAGCCUCAUCUGUCUCAGUGAAGACCAACAUCACCUGGGCCGGUCAGACAUUCGGCAACAAAUACGAAGUCGACGGACGCCUCCGUGGCGAGCUGAACGUGACGACCAUUCAAUGCGACCGUGUCGCCAACGUCUGCCAGGUCCCUGUGAAAGCGCCGGGGUUCGCACUCGUGUUUAUGGAGGACGAUGAAGCGAUCAGCAUCGGGCAGGCUACGCAGACGUUCGCCACCACUGCACGCACACGCUCGCACAACACGGCUACAGUCGACCAGCAGGUGCUCGCGACCUCGAACGGGCAUUCGGGGAAGGACAGAGCCCUCAAUGGGAUUGGGAGCACGAGUGUAGGAUCGGUUAGUGCUGCGACGAGGCUGAGGCUCUUGCAAGGAGGUGUGCUGACUGUGGUUGUGGGGAUGGUGGGGGUGUUUGUGUUAAUCAUGCGGUAA